CUGGGUGCUGCUCAAGUGGUGCUGUUCAACUUCUCAACAGUCCACAGAGGAAAAGCCUGCUGGAUUGUCACCUGGAAACCCGUGGGAAGUGCCAUCAUGAGCAAUGAAAAGCCAGUGAACCCUAGCUCACCUACGCCGACUGAGGGCCUGAAGAGAAAGAGGGGAAGGCCAAAGAAGCAGCCAGAGGAGGAGGAUGUGGGACCACUGCCAGAGAAGAAACCACGAGGAAGGCCAAAAGGAAGCAAGAAGGUGACUACUGGAUCUGGACAAAUGGUAGAACCUCCUGCUGCGAAAAGGCCGAGAGGGAGGCCCCGCAAGCAGCCUCAAGUAGUGGUCCAAGAUGGAGCGUCUCAUGGAGAAAAUCCUCAGGGAAGCAGUGACUCGAAUUUGAACUCGGUGCCAGCCACACAAGGCCAGAAGAUGAGGCAAGAAGCAAAUCUGGAAUACACCAACAAUAUCACCACGGAGCUGCUGCUGAUGUUGCCCACAACAUGCACCCGGGGGGGCAGGCUACCUGGACAGAGCUGCAGGAAUCUCCUGCUGCCUUGUCUUCUCCACCAAGCACCAACUCUUCCUGAAGAGUUUCCAUGUUUUUCACACCUGCUUCAGUCUUGAAUAGAGCAGGGGCAUUCACUGCAUACAGACUACCAACAGCUCUGAGGUCAGUACCAACUCCAGCAGUUUUCUGUGGGAAAUGCAAAUGUUGGAGGGAAAAAAGACAAUCAUACUAGAUUUCAUGUAAAUAGUUUAAUUAUAUUUCAAUGCUUAAAACACAGAAAUACUUGAAUUAAAUUACAUCAUAAUGCUUCUGCUAAAUUGUACACACGCUUCUGAGAGCCAUGAGAGGAGGUGCUAUCGAGCUAACAGAACGCUCCAGUACAAGCCCAGCACGUACCCGUAAUGUUCUCUCCAUCUUAGCAGCUGUACUUCUGUAACCUAAGGGCAGUUAUCACAGGACAAAGCCUACCACGAAGAAUGGUUUAAGAGGAUUCUUCUGUAGGUGUUUGUUACAUGAGACACAUGUCAGCAUUAAGGUGGAACAAGGUGCAUGUUUUUGCACCUGAGCUGGCAGAUGUACUGCUUGGCAGCUGCCUGUGCAGCACAUGGAGGUGGGCAAAGAGCACAAAGCAGGCUCUCUGUUUGAGGAAACAGCUCGGCUUCCACUUGCCUUUUUAUUGAGUUUAGAACAACAAAUAAAGUUCUAACCCUA